CUGUUACAGCACUUUCUUUUCCACAGUAAAGUCGAAACACGUGUGACUUUACAAUUAAAUUUUAUUAAAUUUUGCCCUAAAAUCGUCGGCAAAACAACCCAAAAAUGAGUUUGUACAACUUUAAGAAGAUCAUGGUGGUGCCACCAGCAAAGGCAUUUAUUGACAUAAUGCUGUCGAAGACUCAAAGAAAGACACCAACAGUCGUUCACAAGCAUUAUAAAAUCUCAAGAAUUCGUGCAUUCUAUAUGAGAAAAGUGAAAUAUACACAACAAAACUUCCACGACAGAUUAUCGCAAAUUAUCCAAGAUUUUCCUAAACUCGACGAUGUUCAUCCAUUCUAUGCUGAUUUGAUGAAUGUUCUGUAUGAUAAAGACCAUUACAAGCUUGCUCUUGGUCAACUUAACAUGGCUCGACAUUUAAUUGAUAAUGUUGCAAAGGAGUAUGUCAGAUUACUUAAGUACGGAGAUUCCCUUUACCGAUGUAAGCAAUUGAAAAAAGCGGCUCUUGGUCGAAUGGCAACAAUCGUUAAACGUCAAGCAUCAAAUCUUACUUAUUUAGAACAAGUACGUCAACAUCUUUCACGUCUGCCUUCAAUUGAUCCUUACACUCGCACACUUCUCAUCACUGGAUUCCCGAAUGUCGGUAAAUCAAGUUUCAUCAACAAAAUUACUCGAGCUGAUGUUGAAGUGCAACCUUAUGCUUUCACAACAAAAAGUUUGUUUGUCGGUCACACUGAUUACAAAUAUCUUCGUUGGCAAGUCAUUGAUACACCAGGAAUUCUUGAUCAUCCACUUGAGGACAGAAAUGUUAUCGAAAUGCAAGCAAUUACAGCUCUCGCUCAUUUACGUGCUUGCGUUCUUUAUGUGAUGGACAUCUCGGAACAAUGUGGACAAACUCUAGAAGAACAGAUAAAUCUUUAUGAAUCAAUUAAGCCACUUUUCGCUAAUAAACCGCUAAUGAUUGUCCUCAACAAAGUCGACAUUAUCAAGUUGAAUGAUCUUGAUGAAAGUCGUAAGACAAUUUUAUCAAAAAUCUUGAACGAUCCUGAUGUUCCAGUCUUACAAAUGAGCACUGUAAGUGAAGAAGGUGUCAUGGAAGUUAAAACUGAAGCAUGUGAGCGUUUGUUAGGUUUCCGUGUUGAUCAGAAGAUGAGAACAAAGAAAGUUGACAACAUUCUUAAUCGUCUUCACGUUGCAAUGCCAGAAAAACGCGAUAACAAAGAACGUCCACCAUUCAUUCCUGAGAAUGUUUUGAUGAAGAAGGAAAUCAAUGAAGCGAUUAAAGAGAAACACAAACUUGAGAAAGAUAUUGAAGAAGAGAUGGGCGAUGAUUACAUUUUAGAUUUGAAGAAACAUUAUGUCACCAUUCCUGAAGAAGAACGACACGAUGUCAUACCUGAGUUCCUCGAAGGACACAACAUUGCUGAUUACAUCGAUCCUGAUAUCUUUGAAAAGCUGGAAGAACUUGAACGAGAUGAAGGAUUGCGAUUGGAAAAUGGAUUUUAUGAGCCUCCAAAGCUUAACAUCGACGAGACACUUCAAGAAAUUCGUGAUAUGGCACGACAAAUUCGCUCAAAACGAUUCAUUUUGCGUGAUAAUAAACGACUUGCACCGAGAGCUGAUAAGCCGAAGAUUCCAAGACAUAAAAAUCCACAUACUCGUGGACGGAAGGUUGAGAAUUUGAAGUCAACUAUGGAAGACUUGGGAGUUGAUAUGAGUGGAGCUGAGAAGGCUAAUUUCAAUAAAAACAAAAUUAAUACACGAAGAAGUAUCGUGCCAGCAGUUGGUGGUAAAGUUGAGAAGAAGAAAGACAAAGAAUCGAUGGCGAUUGUGAGAUCAACUGGCCAACCACUCAAACGAAAGGCUCCAAAACAUGAACUCGGCUUGUCCAAUGUUGUUAUGAAGAAGAAAGCUCAAGUUUUGGCGAAACAUGACAUUGCCAAGAAAUUGAAGAAGAUGUGUUUGAAGGGCGAAGCUGAUCGUUUCAUUGGUGAUUUGAUGCCUAAACAUUUGUUUGCUGGUAAACGUGGAACUGGAAAAACUGAUCGUCGUUAAAUCUUUUAAAUGUCAAUCAAAUUAUCUUUUAUUAUAAUUGAAAAUAAAUUUUUCAUGAAUUUACAAACUCAACAAAUCAAAUUGUUUGAAAUUUAAAGUAAUUACAACAGUUAUGAGAUUCCAAGGAAGAAAUGAGUCAUUAGAAGUAUCGGGAAAAGUCUUUAAAUAGUCAGUUACUUGAAUGCAUGACUUAGCAAUCACUCGGAGACAACUGUGGACUUCAGGAUCGAGAGGAAGACGAAGACAAGCUAAUCCAGCGUAGAGCCAUUUAGUUAUCCAUAUCAUGUCAUUUAAUUUCUUAUAAAGUUCCGUUUCUGUCUUUAAUAUUUCAUCUGCAAGAUAACUCGAAAGGCAUUCAAUUAACUCUUCAAGUUGUUUUUGAUUUAGAAGAAGAAUUGUUGACAACAAAGGCUGUGAAGUUUGACAAAACUUGAUGCAUUCAUUUUCGUCAGUCGUAUCAA